AUGGCUGAUCCGGAGAAAGGAAAGAAAAUCUUUGUGCAAAAAUGUGCUGUGUGCCACACCAUUGAAAAAGGUGGAAAACAUAUGGUUGGACCUAACCUGUGGGGUAUUUUUGGACGAAAAACUGGAUCAGCUGAAGGAUUUCUCUAUACUGAUGCAAACAAGAGCAAAGGGAUCAUAUGGGGAGAGUCCACUCUAAUGGAAUAUUUGGAGAAUCCCAAAAAAUACAUUCCUGGAACAAAAAUGCUGUUCGCUGGUAUUAAGAAGAAAAGUGAACGUGCUGACCUUAUUGCUUAUUUAAAGAAAGCAUCGUCAUCAUGA